CUCGCUCACUCGCCUUCGGCUCGCUCGCUCGCUCGCGCAAUGGACGACUGGGACGACGACUUUGGCUCCGCCCCCGCUGUUGGCGGCGCUGCCGACCCGCUCGUGGAUACCGAGUAUGCUAGGUUACAGCAGAAGUACACCGACGCGGGAUACCGCGAAGGCAUCACGGACGGCAAGCUCGCGACGCUGCAAGAGGGCUUUGACGGCAGCUUUGCGGCGAGCGUGCCCCGCGCGCGCAGGCUGGGCCAGCUGCGAGGCCGCGUGAAUGCGUUGUUGGCGAUCGCGAGUGCCUCGUCUGCGCCGGCGCGGACGGCGUCGGGCCGGGGCGUGCGGCGGAGCGCGAGCGCCGAGCCUGAAGAGCCCGCGCCAGCUGCCGCUGCCCCCUCGGCCGAGCUCAUCGCCCGCGCCCGCGGCCUCGCGACCACGCUCGCCUCGGUGCGCAGGGACGACGUCCUCCCCCCCGACCUCGAGAGAAUAGCGCACGAGAAGGAAGAGCACGGCGACGACCCGUACGACGGGGUGGACGUCACGCCACAGCGCGAGAUGGAGGGGUUGGAGGGCGCCUUGGCGGGCUUGGGCGGCGCGGCUGCUGUGCCCAGGUUUGACGGGCGGCGCGAGGACGCGCUCCUCGAUGCGCUUGAGGCGCAGGUCGUCGAGCUUGAGCGGGCGCUUCUGGCUUGA